CACUUCAGACUGGGAUUAACUCAAGUUUGAACCGUCACUGUUCACAAGGCUUUGCAUACGUGGUAGGACCACCAAUGGAGUUUGCCUGUGGGUUUGUUUAUGUCCCUCCAUCAACCUAUCAGAAGGAAGUCCAAACGAAACCCCCAAUUGCAGUUAAACGUUCAGCUCUCCUUCCUCCCCCAAACAGAAUCCGUCCCCGCAGUCCUCCCCCUCCCCCUCCAGCACCCUCCCCAGAACUACAAAAACAACACCACUCUCCAGAACAGAGAAUCACUGAGAAAUGUUUUAAAAAUGCUCUGCUCCCCCCAUUCAUGCGAUCUCAAUCGCCUGCUUGCCUCCAGCCAAUCCCAGGCCCACCUUCCCUUCUCCCUUCCAAUAGCCAGAGGCUGACCUAUGACAUUCCAAAGGAGGAACCAGACAUUGGGAGUUAUCCAUGGGAUCCAGACUACUCAUACAAUAUCCCAGAAGGCAGUGGGGAAGAGAUGAAGCAUCCAAACACCACCAGCAGCAGUGGAUCUGCACAGAAGUCAGCUCCAGCCUUGCCACCAAGACCUUCCUUUAUGAGGUCCUGUCCAGAAUACCUAGUUCUGUUGCCUGAUUCUUUCUCCUCCUCGAAGUCUUCCUUUUCAUCCUCCAGAUCAAGGGAACCAUUGGUGGGGAAUCCAAAUGUGAUCCUAGUCAGUUUGGGGAAGCUGAUAUCAGAGGAAAACGUGUUCACCAUAGAGGGAGAGCCCACCUGCUGCUCCCAGUGUGGCUCUGUGCUGGACUCCUUGUAUGACAAUGUGGUGAAUGUCUGUUAUUUUUGCCAGUCAUCAUUGGAACCACCUACCUCCUCAUCUGCCACCUGUCUCGGUUGCCAGGACAGUGUCUUUCUGUUGACCCCUGGUGACAAGGCCCUGACCCUUACAGACACACUGCUCCUGUUCUGUAUCGACAUCUCAGCGUCCAUGAGUAUCACCUCCCAGGUGUUGGAAGGAAAACAGCCAAUCUACAGGUCACGUCUUCAGUUUGUUCAGGAAGCAAUGUUACAGAGUGUUCGGAAGCUGAGUGAAACACAACCACACAUGCGAGUAGGACUCAUCACGUUCAACAAUCAGGUGACUCUGCAUGGAUAUGACGAGUUCACCUCACGUUUUUUGCUGGGUGCGGAGUUGAUUGACGGUGAAUACCUUAAGGAAGCAGCAUUCAGCUUUCCCAGCCCACCACCCCUCUCCAGGACCAGGGACUGUCUACAGAGAGAGAUUCUAGGAUUGUCUGAGAGUGGUGCCACGGCUUUAGGUCCGGCUUCUCUUGUAGCCAUAGCGAUGGCUUCUCGGCAACCAGGGUCAAAGGUGAUCAUCUGCACAGAUGGAAAGGCCAACACAGACCUGGGGAAUCUGGAGGUGGAGGGCACUGAUGCUCGACCUUGCCUCUCCUCCACUAUCUUCUACCACGACCUGGGGGAGUACGCUGCUAGCCAGGGGGUGACAGUAUCAGUGUUGGCUAUCGAGGGGACAGACUGCAGACUCGAUGAGCUGGGGAGACUAGCAGACCGCACAAGAGGAAAGGUGGUGAUAGCAAGUCCACAUGAACUAUACACUGAAUUUGAGGAGAUUAUAGAGAACACGACGAUAGCGACACACUGUAGUGUCACUUUGCUGCUCCCCCCAACUCUGUGUGUGAAAGGAGAGAGAGAGGCUGGGAACAGGGUGACCAGAGAGGUGGGCAAUGUGGCAUCAGACACAGAAAUCACCUUUCAGUUUGGAGCGAGGCAACACGGCUCACAGGGAGAGGUGUCAGCCCCAGUGGCAGGUGGCCGUGUGUCUGUUCAGCUGCAGCUGAGAUACAGACAGAAGGAUGGACACAGUAUGCUCAGAGUACUGACUGCUGAUAAAGAGGUGACGGAUGACAGCUCAGUGGUUCUCUCCUCUCUGUUUCUAGCCAUCAUUCAGCUCAACUCAUCCCAGGCCAGCGCCGCUCUAGCUGUCAGGGGCCGCUUCCAAGACGCAAAGAGUGAGGGGGAGACACAGAGGGAACUGAUGGAGAGAGCCCUAGAGUAUGAUAGAAGUGCAGAAGACAAAAUGAUUUAUUCAAAAUGGCUUAAAACCAUGGACCCUAUACACAACAGCCUACAAAACUACACAAGGAGACAAUCCAUAUGUUCUGAUACACUGCAGUCUCUAACGGACAUGGGUGCUGCACUGCUGUACAGCAUGAAGAACAGCAACAGGAGGCCUAUUUCACUGAAGGAAAAGCACCAACACUGAUUGGUAGCUACUGGCUAUGCCUGAUAUCCUUGGAAGUUGUUCAAGUUCUACUGACUUCUGGGGAGGCCUAUUUAUGCACAAGUCUGACUAAUUAAUGUAUCUAACAAAAAUGCUACAUCUGGAGAUAUAUUAUUUAAAAUAGCAUUAACUGUCAAUAUUGUACUUGUUCAUUCUAUUUGUAAAAACAACUUUUCCAAAUAAAUAAUAAAAGCUU